AUGUGGAAAAAAACAAUGUGAGUACUGAGUGAUAAGUGAAAAUAUGGAAAUGGAUAAGCCCUUUAGUUGAAGCCUAUAAGAAUUAUUAUUUAAUUUAUUAAAUGUUUAUAUCAUAAACUGUGCUAGUGUAAGACUUAAAAAAUGACCCACGUCGAGAAACGUCAAUCCAGACCUGGAAAAGAGUCAAUACACUCUGGACAUUUUAUGGUGUCGCAUUUUGAAGCAGAAGAGCAAGAUGAUUACGAUGACUUAGCUGUACCAGUCCCAGAUGAAGAACAAAAUGUACAAAAGGAGGCUGUUGUAGCAACAUACACAGUACCUGUUUCUACUGAAACAUUUCAACUCUCAGAUAAAGAUGAAAGUAAACAACAUCAACAACUUUCUAUUGAAAUUUCUCUUACAAAAUUAUUCAAAUGCAUGACCUUAGCAUACAGACAAAAACUAACAUCACCAAAAUGGAAUCGUUUCAAAGGUAUCAAACUCCGGUGGAAGGACAAAAUCAGAUUAAACAAUGUUAUAUGGAGAUGUUGGCACAUGCAGUUUAUAAAGAAACAAAACACUUUGGUGUGCCAGUUCGCUUCCCCUUUGGAUGUUGACACACACGUGAAACCAGAAACAACGAUUCUAGAAGGAAAAUACUGGAAGAGACGAGCUGAAGCGGUUAUAGCAGAAUAUAAAAAAUGGCGCAUGUUUCAUAUUAUGCGACUCCUUGGCAAGGGGGACACCUCUGUCCAGGACUCUAUGUUACAACUGUCCGGUUUUCAGAUGUCGGAUAUGGACACGGUGGAGUCCCAGUGCAGCGACCUUGCGGGCAACAUGCUCACAGACGAGGAUUAUCUUAACUUCAUGAGUGACACACUAUUCUCCACAAUUACUAAUCAUCAACCAUUUGCUUUCCCCGAUUGCAGGGAAAUUGCCAGGGGCGCAAGCUUAGCUGACUUCAUUCAACCAAGCUUAGGUCCCUUGCAGCCUAAUCUUGAUGAUUUUAUGGACACGUUGGAACCACUUCACGAUCUUCUGUCAUCUACGCCUCGUUUACCGCCCGUACCCGAAGAAACGACUCUUCCCACAGAAGAUCCCAUUUACAGGAGUGGUAUGUCAGUAGACACAUAUUCUUCCCAAGGUUACAUCACAGGAAAUCACAACGCCACCACUGCCACAAUGCCUACAAGUCAGAUGACUAUUCACGGCACUAGUAAUAAUACUCAAAUGAUGCCUAUGUCAGAGCCGCCUAAAAAUGAGCCAUUGCGGAUGUACAAUAAUGAUCGGCUAUAUUCUGAACCAGAAAUGCAGAAUAAUCUACUCGGUACCCAACAGAUAAUGCCUGCUUAUCCGCAAAAUACGUAUGAACAACAAGAAGUCACUCAGCCAGAACAACAAAUUCACAGCAAUGUAUAUGCUACCAAAGCGCCAAGGUUAAGAUAUGUGAAUGCACCACAUAAAGUUAUGCCCCAACCGGAUUCGUAUCCUAAAUACAACGCCCCACUACCGCCUUCCCAGACGGCCCCAGAAACAGUAUCGCUGCUUCAACAUCCAGUGCAAAACGUGAAGUAUGCGUCGACAGUUGUGAUUCAAGGGAGGAGCGGUUAUAAUAGGGAAAAACCUCGGACUCGUCUCGCAAUUUCCUUGCCAUAUUCAAGUCCCAUGUCGAAUACUCAAUACCAGAAUUAUUCACAGCCGAUACAGUGUCAGGCUCACGUGCCCCAGAACUUUGAUUCUCGUCCACCAGUUCGGCAGACGUCCCCGCAAAUGCAGUAUUUGCAGCCAAAUACUUCAGAGUUCAAGGCGAAACCUACGCCUUCUGCUAAUCCGCGCUCGUUCAAGCUCCCCUCACCUCCUUUAGCGCCAGCUACUUCACAGCAGGCGCAAGUGACGGUGGGUACGAGUUCGGCAAGCACAGCAAGUGUCCGGAACAAGGAGCAGUUCCGUUCGCACAGCUUGCCCCUGGGCUCGCAGUUGAACGCGGACUGGGUCGUCACCGAGCCUGUGGCCAGUGGCAGCCAUGAUGCGCCCGUAACACAUAGCGCUAGGGGUCGCGACUUGAACCCCGCGGCCAUGCGCAUCAGGUCCCGCUCGACGUCGAGCACGGCGGGCGAGGGGCCGGGCGGGGUCGGGUCGGGCGCGCGCCGCCCGCCGCCGCUCACCAGCGUGGCCUCCGAGCCCGCGCUGCCGCAGGCGAGCGUGAUGCUCGCGCAGCUGCUCUCGGCGCAACAUUCUCAAAGCUUAUAUAAGUUAAACAAUAGUACGGAGGAAGGUUUAGGGUCGGAUCCCCUGAAGUCUCCCAUCUUGAGGGCGCAGCCCUCUCCCAUCGGCAGCGAUGUUAUGUCGCCACAUCAUUCCCGAGCGCAGUCGCUCUCCCCGGGCGGGUCGCCGGGCUCCCCGCGCGCGGGCUCGCCGCGGGAGCCGCGCCGCACGCACCUGCACGCGGAGCAGAAGCGACGCUACAACAUCAAGAACGGCUUCGACACGCUGCAGGCGCUCAUACCGCACCUCAAUACUAAUCCCGCUGCUAAGAUAAGUAAAGCUGCAAUGUUGCAAAAGGGUGCAGAAUAUAUAAAGCAAUUGAAGGCAGAAAGGAAUCAGAUAAAGGAAGAAAUGGAGAGCUUACGGCAGCAAAUCGAAUGUUUAAAUAAUUCCAUAUCCAACUGCCACUCGCUGCUGCCGGCGACGGGCGCGCCGGUGUCGCGCGGGCGGUCGGGGCGCCUGCGCGAGAUGUUCGCCGCGCACGUGGCCGCGCGCACUAUGCACAACUGGAAGUAUUGGCUCUUCAGCGUGGUGAGCGCGGCGCUGGUGGAGUCGUUCAGCGCGUGCGUGUCGUGCAGCAGCGGCGCAGACCUCGUGCGCACCACGCUGCUGUGGGCCGAGCAGCACUGCUCGCUCGUCGAGAUGAGACCCGCCGUGCUAAACUCCCUGCGCGUGCUGUGCACGACGACGGACAUCCUGUCGAGUCCCGAGCGGCUCGCGGAGGAGGCGCGCGCGGCCGCCGCCGCCGUCAAGAGCGAGCCCACCUAACGUGACGUCACACGGACCCACCCCAAGUGACGUCACAAAGUUAGGUCCCAGCGUGACGCGUGACGUCACACGGAACAGCCCCCACGUGUCGUCUCAAGGAUCGAUCCUAUCGUGACGUCCCAUGGACCGAUCCUAUCGUUAGUCACAAGGAUCGAUCCUACCGCGACGUCACAAGGACUAACCCAAGAUGACGUCACACGGAAAAAAAUGUGAUGUCAUAAGGAUCGUACUACCGUGACGUCACAUAAACCACGCCCACCACACGCCCAUCAACACGCCCACCAACGAGCCGGCGAGAUACCCACAUAUCUACUUUCGUUUUACCGUCUUAUAAGCGUAUCCUUAUCGUGCACGGAUACGAUAUGCAAGUGGAUUUAACUUGAAAGAUUAGCUGGCGCGCUUAAAAUAAAUGUUGAUAUGAUUCGAAACGCGCAGGGGAUCGUGGAAAUGCGGUUGCUGAUUUAGAUGUAAACUUCACUAUAAAGGGGAGGGAAUGUCAUUCGUAUUUAAUUACGGCAUUUACAUCUUCUCUUUCUUGCUAGUUGGACUGCGCGAAAAGUAGUUUUGCUGUAUCAUUUAUAUGUCUCGAUUUGUAAGUGCUGCGUGAAAAUUGUAUAAUUUCGCCAUUUACUGACGACGUAGUCAGUUAAAAAAAUUCGAAGUUUUAUAUUAUGCCGAAGCUUAAUACAUUAUAUGACGUGAGUUCGGAAUCAGAAAUGUUUGAUUUAGAAAAUGGGCUAGGAUAGGUUUGUUUUAUUUUAAAACUUCACAUAGGUCGGUUCGCAAACGGUUCCUUGAAGACAAACGUCCAGUAUUAGUUUCUAAACUGACUGCAUCGUUUGUAAACGGCGAAGUCAUGCAAUUUACCUGCGACAUAUUCAUGCUGAAGUUCUAUCCGGCAUAAAUUGGAUAUAUUCAGGACCUUCAGUCUAAAAAUCAUUCAUCACCUCAAUUGUAUCUUUUAUUUAUUAUACAAAUGAAAUAUACGACAAUUAAAUUUUCUGAACAUACUGCGAAAUUAUUAAAUACUCAAAUAUGUACUACUUUGUGAAUUGAACAAAGCUGUAUAUUCAAAUGCAUCGGUUUCAAGGGACGUGUCGGUGGUUGAUUGCGUUCGGGCCCAAUAUAGUAAUCAAUAUGAUUAUGUUACAUGGGUAUUUAUUGUGCAAUUUUUGGUGUUCACAAGUCCUUUUUGUAAUAAGGAUGCGCACAAAAUUAAUUGAGACGGGUAAAUAUUAUAAAAGUGCGGGUGGAUUAACACAGAUUGGUGAUAAUAGAAAAUUGUUUUUGUUAAAACUCGGUUAGCGCUUUUGCUUCUUUUCUGUGAUUUUACGGUAUCAUUUAAUGCAAAUAUUGUUAUGAACUGUUAGCUGUCUUAUUCUCCUGAUUUAUUCUUAUUCAGGAUUUUUGUAGAAAGACUAAAUUCAUACGCUAAAAGCUACAAAUUCUCGCUCCCAAAUUUCUAAUGGCUGGUGCUCGUUCGUUGUGCCUUGUUGAGGGUUAAAACACACUGUUAUUUAUAAAUGAAAUUCACACCAUUUAAUAAUAAUGUAGGAUUAUCGAUUGUAAAAAUGUAUAUAACUACAACUCAGUGCCUUAAGUAUGUGCCUUUGGAAACAUGAUCAGUGUAUAAUAGAUUAAAAAAAUAGUUCGACUCAGACCAAAGAUUGUUGUCUUAAGAUGUGGCAGUGCAAGGUUCCACAAUGUAUAAUGAAAUGAAACGAAACGUGGUCCGCCCGUCCUGUGUUACACGUGAAUACCAAUCUAGUGUAUAAGUGAAACAGAGAAUUUAUUAAACAUGUCGAGAUUUAAUUUAGAGUAAUAACUUUAAGUAUAUUUACGGCAGUAAGUUACUUUAAGUGAAUAUUUUUAUAUGGUUUGUGUCAUUACACAAAUAUUUUUAUAUAAUGUAAUUAUGUAAAUCGGUGCCAACGUAAAUAUUGUUGUAAAUUGUUAUAUAGUGAUAUAAUUUUAUGUUGUAUCGUUGACUCUGGUAGCACGUCGUGAGACGCUCAAUGUCAGCUUUAAAUGAGUUUAUGCGAUUGUUGUCUAAAUACAUUGGAAUGAAACUUUA